GUAGUGCACUCCCCGGUAACGAGGUGGCACCUCCGAUUUCUUCACACGUCGAGCCCGCCCGCUCGCUUGGCCACGUAGUGGCAUCAACAGAUCUUUCUGAUUCUUCGGCACACGGUAGUGCACUCCCCGGUAACGAGGUGGCACCUCCGAUUUCUUCACACGUCGAGCCCGCCCGCUCGCUUGGCCACGUAGUGGCAUCAACAGAUAUUUCUGAUUCUUCGGCACACGGUAGUGCACUCCCCGGUAACGAGGUGGCACCUCCGAUUUCUUCACACGUCGAGCCCGCCCGCUCGCUUGGCCACGUAGUGGCAUCAACAGAUAUUUCUGAUUCUUCGGCACACGGUAGUGCACUCCCCGGUAACGAGGUGGCACCUCCGAUUUCUUCACACGUCGAGCCCGCCCGCUCGCUUGGCCACGUAGUGGCAUCAACAGAUAUUUCUGAUUCUUCGGCACACGGUAGUGCACUCCCCGGUAACGAGGUGGCACCUCCGAAUUCUUUCGCGGCUAACCAUUUCAAUGAUAUCACGAAAGAAAUCAUUAAAAUGGAUAUCACGAAAGAAAUCAUUAAAAUGGAUAGUACGAAAGAAAUCAUUAACAUGGUUAGCGCGAAAGAAAUCAUCAAAAUUAGGCAUAGUCACGAUUGCUACUUCAGAUUCAAACCGAUAAGUUUGACCAAGCUACAAAACCGUGAAUACACUUUAGGAAUGGAACAGGGAAGGCAGAGAGGACGACCUAGGAUUCACGAGAGUGACACUGCACGCCAGCGCAGCCGACGAUUGCAUGAAACUGAUGAAGAGAGAUCCACCCGCUUGGAGUCAGAAUCCCUUCGUCAGCGGCGUAGACGUCUGACUGAGGAUACUCAAUCCAGGAAUGCUAGGCAACGUGCAGAUGCUGAACGACACCAGUCAUUGCGUCAAAUUGAAAGUGCGGAAGAACGAAGUGCGAGAUUAGCUGAAGAUGCCCAACGCCAUCGACUCGACGUGAGAAUAACGCGGAACGUCAGCGUCGCAGCCGAGAGGCUGAAAGCCUCCCAAGAGCGGACCACGCGUCAGAGAGAAAACGCUCAACGUCAACGAAACAGACGCGAAUUAGAAACCCCCGAAGAACACUCCACUCGGCGUGCGGAAAACGCACAACGUCAACGAAACAGACGCGAAUUAGAAACCCCCGAAGAACACUCCACUCGGCGUGCGGAAAACGCUGAACGUCAGCGUCGCAGACGACAAGCAGAAGAUACCGAACAGCGAACCACCCGGCAAGUGGAAAAUUCUCAGCGACAGCGCUUUGAGACGU